UCUCGAGGGCGCGAAUUUCGACAGUCGUUGCGUACUUACCGGAGAUGACGAUGACAAAUAUUACCACAUUGAUGACAUUUUCUACUAUAAACCGAAAUUUAUCAAAAUAGUGAAUUAAUAUAUUUAAUCGGUGAUAUAGAUAGCAUAAAUAGACCUUAAUUUGUGGCGUUAUUCCAACUUUUCUAUGCAACCCGGAAGUUGUAUUAAUGAUAAUGUAUGCUAACACGGAAGUAGUCCACAUUGGUAGUCAUGGUGCUUUAUGUCAAUUGACUUGCGGUGUCAAUUUUUAUUUAUUUAUCACUCUUAGGCGCAACAAUGACAAAGGAGGACAAUGGAAAGUAAACAGUUUUAUACCUGUAAAUGUUUUAUGACGGACAACAUUUUUCUGAAGGACUACAAGCUGCAUGUUCGCUUCAUAACAGAGGAACAGUUCAGACAGGACUACGAAGCACUUUUGAAGAGGCUUGGCUGCGUUACACAGCAACAGUUUGAGGACAUCUUCAGUCAGAUUUCCCAGGAAGUGGAUAGGCGAAUGCGUUUAGCCGUGACAUGUGUUGAGAGAAAGUCUGUCAUAAAAAACACAUACCAACCUCUUCAUCCUCACGUCUACCGUCUGCAGGAGACCUUUCUCACGCCAGAGUUCAAGGAUCUUGUUGAAUGUUGUCGCAAAAGUCGCAAUGUCACACUCAGCUGUCUUUCUGAACUGUUGGAAGAAGAAGCAGCUCCGAGGGUGUAUCGCUUCCCCGUGUUCAACAAACGCUUCUGUGAGGAUCUGAUGGAUGAGCUGGAGCACUUUGAGCGCUCUGCAGCACCUAAAGGUCGACCAAACACCAUGAACAACUACGGGAUCCUCCUGAAUGAACUGGGUUUUGACGAGGGUUUCAUCACACCUCUUCGUGAGCAGUACCUGAAUCCACUCACUUCCUUGCUUUACCCAGACUGCGGAGGACACUGUCUUGAUAGUCACAAAGCCUUUGUUGUCAAAUACGACAUGAACGAAGACCUGGACCUUAGCUACCACUACGACAAUGCAGAAGUCACGCUCAACGUCUCCUUGGGAAAAGACUUCACAGAGGGAAACCUUUAUUUUGGCAAUAUGAGACAGGUGCCUUUAUGCGAGACUGAGUGCACUGAGAUUAAACACAAAGCCACGGAGGGUCUUCUUCAUCGAGGACAGCACAUGCACGGGGCCCUGCCUAUCUCGUCUGGCCAGCGAUGGAACCUCAUCAUCUGGAUGAGAGCCUCACAGGAGCGCAACAAACUCUGCCCCAUGUGCAACAGGAAGCCGGAGCUGGUGAAAGGGGAGGGCUUCGCUGAUGGAUUUACCAGGCACCUGUGAUCGGCCGGCGACCAGUGUCCAGGGUGUACCCCGCCUCUCGCCCGAAGACAGCUGGGAUAGGCUCCAGCACCCCUGCGACCCUCGUGAGGAUAAGCGGUAGAAAUUGAAUGAAUGAAUUUACCAGGCACGCCGACUCUUGUGCGCUUACCUGACAUGUGCGUCUCGAAGAUUGAAGUCAUCGUAAAAAUUGAAAAAUACUCAGAAAUUAAAAAAAAAAAUUAAGCGAAAAUAUGAAGAGUAAAACGUUGUAAUCUAAUGACAAAAAAUACAAGAAUAAUGUAACACUAUGAGGAAAAAAUAAUGUCAUUUUAAUAACAUAAAGUUUAAAUAUUAGAGGAAAAAGACUUUUAAACAAACAAAAAAUAAAGUUAUAAUAUGAGAAUAAAGUAAAAAAAAAAUUCAUAAAAUUACAAAAAUAAUAUUUGUGGUUAUAAUAAUAAUUAUUUUAUUUGUACCGAAUUUAUUCAAUAAUGUAGAAUAUAAGUUAAGUUGAUCCUUCAACAGCAAACAACAAACAGCACAUCUUUUUCAUGUAUUUUUUUUUUAUUUCAUAUAUAAUGUAAUUUGUGAUUUGAUUCAUUAUUCAAAUAUAGUUUGGGGGGGGGGGGCAUUUUCUCAUAAAACUCUACCAUCUUUAACCUUAUACUUAUAACUUCAUUAAUCCAUAAACUUUUUGGUUGUUUCUUUUUUUUUUUCCAGGUCCCAAAAUGGAGCAUUUCAUUGAGGCAUUUGGAGUGGGGGGGAGGGUUAAAGGAAAUAUACAUAUGAUACAAAUAACACAGUACUUUACAUGACAAUAUCAAGUCAAAUAUAUACCUUUUUAAAGGGCCUAGACAUUCUGUCAUCAUAGACAAAUUUGGUACAAUGAUUACAUAUUUUUUGCAGUAAUAAUACAGUAAUACACACAUAUAUAUUUUUAUAUAUAUAUAUAUAUAUAUCAAAGGAACGGCAUCAACAUGUAAGCAGCAUCCGCUUCACAACGUGGUCUCGCUGCUCAUGUCCCGAGGCCGAUGGUGGUCCACGUCCGAGUCGUAGUCAGACUCCACUUCGAUCUUGACCUGUGGGAUGGGGCAGGCCGUCCCGCGCCCCAAUGGCAUUGCCGGAGAUGACGGGCAGGAUAUCUUCAGGUGGAGGGUGAUGCUGAGGAAGGGCAAUGUCCAGUUACACACUUGGACAAAGACGUGAAGUAAGGGAGGGUGGAAGGGAAGGAAGGAAAAGCGUCUUGAAAAAAAAAAAAAAUUAUAAUAUUUGUUUACAUUUUUGUGUUUGUGCUCUCAUAUUUCGGCUAAGUACAUCCGAACACGGCUAGUUUUCCAUGCAUUUACACACAAACUAAGAUUUUUGACUCUUAAAAAAAUUAGCUUUUAGAAAACUAUGGUCACUGUGAUGAUGUUCCACAUAAAAGUUUCAUUUUUGCGUAUCACAGCAACUAUGGUGCAUUCAAGGACUGCUGAACAAAGUGGGAAAUCGCAAAGCUUUAUAACAAGUGAAGCAUAAUUGUAAAAAUGGUCUACAUUUCUUUUUUUAACAGUGUUACAUGUAUGCUACAGAUUUUAUAUUGUGUUGCAUUAUUGUGUAUUGAUAAAAUAUAUAUUCAUUAUUUCUGACUUAUCACAAAAAAUCAUUCACCAUAAGUUGGUAACAACUUAUAAAUACAUGAUCAUAAAAGUAAAAUGUAUAGAAAACAUGUAUCACUGUUAAUAAAGUUUCACAAUGUUUACACCAGCGGUCUCAAACACGCGGCCCGCGGGCCAAAUGUGGCCCGCAGGACACUACUUUGAGGCCCCCGCCUUGAUAUGAAAGUUUAAUGUUAGCGCGGCCCGCGCAAGUUUGAUAUGGAUGCUGUAUGGUAUCAUGUACCCAGAAAAAAUGAUUACGUUUGAUUAAUGUUCAUGUUAAAGGUUAAAUAACUGUUAAUAGUUAUCCUCCCUAUCCGUGUGGAAGUGGUAAGUUUUUGGCGUUUUAAGUUUAAAGGAAAUAACUCGGAGGCUACCGUUUAGGUCGCUAGCGCUCUAGUUUGCGAGUUAGCAUGUGUCUCAAGACCCUGCAGUUGCGCAAUAUGUUGUAAAUAAAAAGAGUAUAAAUGUGACUAUAGUCGUGUUUUGUCAUGUCUACAGGGCUCUAAUAAUGCUUUGUUCAUUUUAAUCUGAAAAAAUUUAAUUUGUCUACCCACCAACUAUAUGUGGUUUCUUAAUUUUUAAUUAUUUGCCGUUUUAUUAUUAUUAUAUUUAUUUAUUACUGAGGAGAAAAUCGGAACCAAAGCAAAGUUUAUUAAUUUUUCAGUUUUUAAUAAAUGCGUUUUUUUUUUUUUUCUUCGCCCAGACCCUAACUCCAGUGUCCCCCAGGUAAAUUGACUUUGAGACCCCUGGUUUACACAUUCAUGAUUUCACUUUGUUUGGUGAUCCUUGAACGUGCCAUACUGUGUGUGUGUAGUUAUUUUUAAUAGGGUGUGUGUGUGGAUCGAUUCAAAGCAGGGUAGAAGACCAGGGUAUGAGACCACGGCCUUCACCAUUCACAGUGCAUGGAAAACACAUGUAUGUACUUAUCAAUUCCAAUGUACUUAAUGAUGUACAUGUACAUGCAUCUUAAAAAUACACUUUAGUUUCCAAACCAUGCCUCUUUCAAAGCAAUGCAGACAUGAGGGGGGUCAUUUGCAUACAAGGAAUGAACACAACACUAGCGCAUAAACAAUGCUAUGUAUUUGCAGGACAAAAGUACCAAAAGAAAUAAAUGCAUCAAGUGUAUUUGGGGGUGGAUUUGGGAGGGAAUAUUACAAAAUAAAACGCUCCAGAAGCAUUCAUUAAUUCCCAUGCAAUGUCGGGACAUGGAUGACAAAAGAAACAACCAAAACAAUUACAACUCUUUUUUUUUUUUUUUCAUUUUGAAUGAUUCUACAAAUACAUCCCUAAACGUAAAUAACAUCUAUUCUUAUUCUGUAUGCGUUAUAAUCAUCACAGUGCAUUUGAAUUCAUACCACAGUCCCUCCCUGUCGUAAUAAAUUAAUAUAUACUGUACAUCACGGGGACAUGACAAUGCAUACAAAAGGAUACCCGGUGUACAUAACAUAACAUGACAAACAUCUGCAUUGCCUUAAAGUGCAUGGAAAGGACACGGUUUAGUUAUGUUAUUUACAUUUCACCAUUAAAUAAAACAGAAAUAUCAUAACAUGUGUUACAAAAUUAUUAGAAUCAACAACAGAAGGCAAUACAUUAAGAAUGUAGCAGAGUUGUGCCUGAAAAAGUGGCUAUUUAUCCUUAAAUGUACAUUUUUCCAUACUUCCGCUUCUCGAUUUAACCCAUAAGAACCCAAAUCUUGAGUAGAAUAAAAAUUUGUUGGAAUUCGUAACUGUCUGUCAUGGGUUAUGACAUAUGGGGAUCCCCAGGGGUCAAUCCUUUGACCCUUACUGUUCAAUCUGUACAUGCUUUCUUUAGGCCGGCUAAUACGCAGCUGUAAUGUGUUCUACAAGAACCAUGCAAACGACAAUUAGAUCUCCGUGUCACUGA